AUGGCGGAAGAGAUUACAGAAACCGCACAGCUCAUCAGAUCCAAGUAUGCCGAGGGUGCGGUUCAUUUCAAAGCCAUCUCGCUCUUGAAUCCCAUCAAGAAGACACUGCUACCCUACCUGGCCGCUGAGCGGGCUGGUAAGACCAAACUUCCCGAGAUCCCGCGAAGGACUCAAGUUGUUUGGUUCCUCAGGGGCAGUUAUGACUUCUUCAGCGCUGUGGUCAAUCUGAAGACCAAAGAAGUCGAGCAACUGAAGCAAUUGGACAAAAAUGGUUAUCCCGGCGGAGAUGUGGACGAGACUCGAGAGAUGCGGCUGACGGUUCCCGAGCAUCCCGAGGUCAAAAAGGCGAUAGCGAAGCUCGAGCUUCCCGAAGGUACAGAAGUUGUGUGCAACACUUGGUCGUACGGCCGGGAAGACGAGAUACAACACGAGCGUAGGGUUCAGUGCUACAUGUUCUGCAAAGACCCUAAACGCGCCACGAACGCAUCUAAUCAUUAUGACUUUCCUCUCCCGAUUGCCCCGGUUUUUGAGAACAAGUCCAAGAAGCUGGUGGAAAUCAUCUACCUACCGACCGGAGCAGAUGCGAAGGCUAACACGAACCCCAAGUUCGUCCCUCACAAGGCACAAGAAUUUCAUCACAGCCUGAGAGAAAAGCCGGCAAGGACGGACCUGAAACCGCUCAUCGUGACCCAACCAGAAGGGACAUCCUUCACCGUCGACGGAUAUCUCAUAAAAUGGCAGAAGUGGCGCUUCCGGCUGUCUUUCAAUUUCCGAGAGGGCAUGGUGAUCAACGACGUGACCUACGAUGGGAGGGAGUUGUUCUACCGAGUCUCACUGAGUGAAAUGGUCGUCCCCUACGCUGAUCCUCGUAGCCCUUACAAUCGAAAGUCCGUCUUCGACCUGGGUGAUGUCGGUGCCGGCAAUUCGGCCAACAACCUACAGCUUGGGUGUGACUGUCUGGGAGUUAUCAAAUACUUUUCCUUUGUGGUGACCAAUAGCAAAGGCGAGGCGGUGCCGAAACCGAACGCCGUGUGCAUGCAUGAGAUCGACAAUGGCAUCGGCUACAAGCACACCAACAACAGAAGCGGCUUGGUUUCAAUCACCCGCGCUCGGGUUCUGGUCCUGCAAUCGAUCCUGACGGUUGGCAACUACGACUACAUUUUCGCCUUCCAUUUUGACCAAGCAGCUGGUCUGCAUUAUGAGAUCAAGGCGACGGGUAUCGUGGCCACACAACCCAUCGACCAUGGCGUUACCGUGCCCUGGGGCACUGUCGUGAACCAGGGCGUCCUCGCUCCCCAUCACCAGCAUGUGUUUAUUCUUCGAAUUGAUCCCAACCUCGACGGGUCAGCCAACACCGUGGUGAUGGAAGACUCAGAAGCGAUGGCGCCGGAUGACGAGUUGAAUCCCUACGGUGUCGGCUACGUGGUGAAGAAGACCAAGAUCACCGAAGCUGGCUCUGCCGAUUUCGCGCCGAACCGCGUGUACAAGAUCAUUAACCCAAACUCGAUCAACCCUGUAUCCGGCCAGCCUGUGGCCUACGCCAUCGCAAGCCCCAUGAAGCAGAUGCUGCUCGCACAACCAGAUUCGCAGCAUGGCAAGCGAGCAAGGUUUGCCACCCACCCGUACUGGGUCACCCGGUAUCGGGAUGGCGAGCUUUUUGCUGGUGGCAACUAUACGUACCAGAGCAUCGCGCUCCCCGUGGACAAGGCCACCGAGGACGGCAGUGGCGACGUGGCUGCCUGGGCAAACAGGAAGGACAACGUGGACAAUGAAGACAUUGUGUUGUGGCACUGCAUCUCGCUGACGCACAAUGUCCGCGUCGAGGAUUACCCCAUCAUGCCCUGCGAGACGAUCCAGGUCUCUCUCAAGCCCUCUGGCUUCUUCCAAGAGAACCCGCUCAUGGACGUGCCACAAAGCAGUCAGCUCUUCAGCAAAAGCGUCCUCUACGAAGACCAGCUAAAAAGGCAGACCAGUGGUGAAUCUACAACUAAUGGACAAGGGUCUUGUUGUUCCAAUGGCCAUUAG